AUGUGAUGAAAUGGCUCUUCUUCAAAUUUAGCCUUCCUAAACUUGAAAAUAAAAUGCUUUUUGAUUCUGAGUUCACGAAAAGAGAAUCUAAUAAUAGUUGGAGAUUUUGAACUAAUAUUUUAUAGAGAAUCAGCUGUAUGAACAGUCAGUAAACCUUCUAUGGAAGUUGACCUAGAAGAAAGAAAUUCUAUAGAUAUAAAGACUUGUGUAUAUUCUUAUGACUAUUAG